AAAGAAAAUUCAGGGACAAAAAAUAGGAUUAUAUCCAAAAUUUCCAACAAAAAGUGACUAAUAGGAGCAGAGGAGAAGGUGGCGGCGGCGCGAAGGCAAUAGAUCUAAGGCGAAGUAGAGGCGGCCGACUAAGAGGAUCUGCGAAAUUUGUGGAGAUUAGUGGUUUUCUAUGAUAUUUAUAUAAAAGGCAGCCACAGGUGGAGUAAUCAGCAGCUACAUCACGAUGGAUGUCACUCAUAUGCCUAACGAUGGCUUGUGGUGAUUAUUGCUUGAAGGGUAUUGUUCUGGCAGAUUUACCUUGGUUUUCUAUGUGGAGGAGAAGAUAAGAGCGGCUGAGAUGAAGUCCAAUUUGACGUUCUGUAGGCGACGGCACAACCGUAAUUGAGAUCUAGAGCUUCCGAUGCUUCUUCCGAGGACUCCAAAUUGAAUCUGCUAGGAUUUUGAUACCUUGCUUGGUAAAGUCAGAAGUAUAGUUUGACCAGUGCUACCUUGCUUGAGGGAUUGAAUAAACACAGGCAAACAGAACCCUAUUUGGUUCUCUCUCUUUUCAUGCCAAAGAUCAAUGCUUUUCCCUUUAUUUACUUGGUUUAUCUUUCUCAAAGUGUAGCCAUUUCUCAACCUUCUGCCACUUCCAGCUUGCCUCCUCUUUAUAUACACCACAGAAUAUAUAUUUCCCUUCACCAAUCAGAAGCAGAACCAAAUCCCACCCAACCACCAAGCCACCACUUCUCUUUCACAAGUGGCACAAAUUAAAGCUCAUUGGUUUUGAACUCUGAAUUCUUUCUAGAAGUUUCCCCAAUCCCCAGCCAUAGCCAUGAAGGUUUCAACACUUGCCUCCUUGUCCACCACCACCAGCAUUCCAAACACUCCCUUCCUGCAAAAGCAAAAACCCAUUGAUUUUGGAAAGAACAAGGUCGGGCACUUCUCAAUUUCAACCACAGAAUCAAAACAGAAUUUCCCAUUUCUCCCGCGCUGCUCCGCAAAGCCACACGCGACGGACGAGGGUUUACUAUCCGUACAGCCCGAUUCUAGAUCAAGACCCGAAGGGGAACCCAAACCCGUAACCGGGAAUCAAAUUGGUUUUUCUCCAGGUCCUUUGAUCUCGAGGGGAUUGGUGUUUGAUUUGGGAUCUGCGAGCUCUUGGGACGGCGUCGAAAUCGGGUCGCCGGUGGUGAAGAGGUAUUUGGGCGACGAGGAAGAGAGGUGGUACCUGUGGUACCACGGCAGGUCCGGCAAGAACCCGGGUUCGGACUCAAUCGGGUUAGCGGUUUCGAGCAACGGGGCCCACUGGGAGAGAGGCGAGGGCGGGGUGAGAUCAGGCGGGGAUGUGGGGAUGGUGAUGAGUUGCAGUGAAGACUGGUGGGGUUUUGACACAGAGAGUCUUAUGCCCAGUGAGGUGGUCAUCAUGUCCAGCAACAAAGUCAACCGAUCAAACACUGCUGUUUAUUGGCUUUACUACACAGGUUUCAGUUCCCAGGCAGUAGAUUUCUCUGCUGGCAAUUCCCUGGGUUUCUGUUUGGAAAACCCAGAAAGGGCAUAUUUAGGAAAUGGGAACAAGUCCUUAACUAGUGGAGCCAAACAAGGAGUAAUGAAGUCAUUACCAGGAUUAGCUAUUAGCCAAGAUGGAAGGCAUUGGGCAAGAAUAGAAGGGGAGCAUCACUCGGGGGCUCUGUUUGAUGCAGGUCAAGAAGGGGAUUGGGAUUCUCUAUUCAUAGCCUCACCUCAUGUUAUUUACCAUGGGAAUGGUGACCUUAGGAUGUAUUACCAUUCGUUUGAUGCCGAAAAUGGGUGUUUUGCGAUUGGGAUGGCACGGUCAAGAGAUGGGAUAAAAUGGGUGAAACAAGGGAGGAUGAUAGGGGAAGGCGGUGUGGGGGCGUUUGACGAGUUAGGAGUGAUGAACCCGAAUGUGGUGAGGAACAGGAAGGAUGGGAGAUACAUUAUGGCGUAUGAAGGUGUUGGUGUGGAUGGGAGGAGAAGCAUCGGGGUGGCGAUUUCACCGGACGGUUUGAAGGGGUGGAGGAGGGUGGUUGGGUGCAAUCCUGUGUUGAGAGGAUGUGAAGGGGGUGAUGGUUGGGACUGUGAAGGGGUGGGUUCACCAUGCCUUGUUCAGAUGGAUGGGGAAGAUGAAGUUGGGCAAUGGAGGUUGUACUAUAGAGGAGUUGGGAGAGGAGGAAGGACUGGAAUUGGGAUGGCAGUGUCUAAUGGCCGGGAUUUUCAUAACUUUCAAAGAUGGACAGGGUUUCAUUUGUGAAACAAUACGAGUACUCCGUACAUAAUAUGGUGUCACUUGCCACGUUUAAUUUGUUUGGAGUUAUACAACGCCACAUUGAAGUUGUUCUAUUGAUCAGUCAUGUAGGAUUUAUUAUGUACACAUACUAACAACAUAUAUAGUCCGUUUGGUGACCCGUUUUUCGGUUUACCAGACUUAUUAGCCCGAUUUUUUACCAAACACGUAACAUUUGAUUUCGCGCGCUGAAUAUUGUAAUAAGCAAAAAAAGUAAGGUUUGAGUUGUUUUUCUGGCUGUAUUGGUUGAAGUUACUAUAGAUGACCAUUUUA